UGUAUGACUUUUACAUAGUUGUCAGUUCCUUAAUUUUUUUAGCUACUCUUACUUAGAAGGGCUGGGGGCGGGGGAGAAAGUACUACUAAAAGAAAGCCUUUAAGGUGCUUUUUUGACAUGGUUAGAAACGUUACUUAAAAUUCUGCCUACUCUUUUCAGUUCUUCUGAAUCAACUUUGAACCCUCCCCUCCUCCACACCAACUCCCCCCCUGUUUAUUUAUAGUUUUCUGAGUUGCAACCUUCACAAAGCAUGCCAUAGGCAUGCUCUCUUUCACUCGCACAUACAUCUCCAGAGGCAAAAGUUACUCAACAUUUCUUCUUGUUUCUUGCUGAGUUGGGAAUUUUGACAUCAAGUUGCAGAAUGACUACAGGAAGAAUCUCAGGAAGAUAUGAGGACAACUUGGUGGUGCAGGUCUUUAUAAUUUUUUUUCCUGAAUGUAUGUAGACAAACAACAGAAAGACAGACAACGGUGCCGGUGAAACGGUUUUCAGCACGACUUCCUCUUUUCUGUCACUUCCUUCCAGUUCAAAAAAUCUUCCUUUCUGUUGUUGUUGUUGAUAAAUUUGCUUAAAUCUUACCUCCAUGCCAACAGCUGUCAGUGCCACUGUGGCUCAAAAGGCUGAGGUUGGACUGGUUCCCUCUCAGCAUGUUAGCACAACUGCUGAGACAGGUGGAGGCACAGGAGGGAUCUAUUCUGCUAUUCUCAGUCGCAACCAGCCCAUCAUUGGAGUGAAAGAGAAGACUUUUUAUGAGCUCCGCAAGAAGUGUCUGGAAAAGAAGAUUCUGUAUGAGGAUCCAGAUUUCCCAGCUAAUGAUACCACCCUCUUCUACAGUCAAAAGCUCCCUGUUAAAUUUGAGUGGAAGAGACCAACAGAAAUCUGUGAGAAUCCACGUUUUAUCAUUGGUGGAGCCAAAAGGACUGACAUUUGUCAAGGAGAACUAGGUGAUUGUUGGUUCUUGGCUGCCACUGCUUGUUUAACCCUAAAUGAAAAAUUGUUGUACCGGGUCAUACCCCAGGACCAGACCUUCAUAAAAGAUUAUGCUGGGAUCUUUCACUUCCAGUUUUGGCGUUAUGGAAGUUGGGUGGAAGUUAUCAUUGAUGAUCGCUUACCAACAUAUGGUAAACAACUGGUAUUUACCAAAUCUGCCCACCAAAAUGAAUUUUGGAGUGCUCUGAUGGAAAAGGCCUAUGCAAAGCUUCAUGGAUCCUAUGAGGCUCUGAAAGGAGGUAACACCACAGAAGCCAUGGAGGAUUUCACUGGAGGAGUGACAGAAUUCUAUGAGAUAAAAGAUGCACCUAAAGAUAUAUACAAAAUCAUGAAGCAUGCCAUUGAAAGGGGAUCACUCAUGGCCUGCUCUAUAGAGGACACCAUGGGACUUAUUUAUGGAAAUGCUCCUCAAACUGAUAUUGGAUUGUUAAUUGCCCAAAUGAUGAAGAACAUGAAUAAUCCACCCCUGAAUGAUUCGUCCCAAUGUACAAAUGAUGGAGCAACUCGGACAAUCAUUCCAAUGCUGUUUGAGACGCGCAUGGCUAAUGGACUCGUCAAAGGUCAUGCCUAUUCAGUGACAGCAAUGGAGGAGACAACUUUUAAGGGGAAAAAGAUAAACCUGGUGCGGCUAAGAAAUCCUUGGGGGCAAGUAGAAUGGAAUGGAGCUUGGAGUGACAGUUCUAAUGAGUGGACCCUGAUUGACAAAUCGGAGAAGAUACGAUUGCAGCAUAAAGUUGAAGAAGAUGGGGAAUUCUGGAUAUCUUUUGAAGAUUUUAUGAGAUACUUCACAAAGCUUGAGAUGUGUAAUCUCACACCUGAUGCACUGGCAGUUGAUAAACUUCACACAUGGACAGUUUCAGUCACUGAAGGGCGCUGGGUGCGAGGAUGCACUGCAGGUGGUUGCCGUAACCAUCCAGACACAUUUUGGACCAAUCCUCAGUAUCGUUUGAAACUCCUGGAAGAAGAUGAUGACCCAGAAGAUGAUGAAGUUGUGUGUAGUUUUCUAGUUGCACUGAUGCAAAAAAACAGGAGGAAAGAACGCAAACUAGGAGCCAACCUUCUCACUAUUGGCUUUGCCAUCUAUGAGGUGCCCAAAGAGAUGCAAGGUGACAAGAAGCACUUACAGAAAGACUUUUUCCUCUACAAUGCCUCCAAAGUCAAGUGCAAGUCAUAUAUAAACAUGAGAGAAGUUGCUGAACGCUUCCGGCUGCCUCCAAACGAGUAUGUCAUCAUCCCAUCCACAUAUGAACCUCACCAAGAAGGGGAAUUCAUCCUAAGAGUCUUCUCAGAAAAAAGAAGCCAUUCAGAAGAAGUUGAAAACAAGAUUGAAGCAGGACACUUUUCUCCAAUCAUCUUUGUCUCAGACAGAGCAAACAAAAAUAAGGAUCUGAAAGGUGGUGAAGGGCCUAAAAAGGAAAAGCCCACUGCCACACAUUCCACUAAGGACAGCGAGGAAGACAGACAGUUCCAAAAUAUUUUUCGGCAGAUUGCUGGGGAUGACAUGGAGAUUAGUGCUGAUGAACUGAGAAAUGUCCUCAACAAUGUCCUGAAAAAACACAAGGACCUGAAGACAGAAGGGUUUGCACAGGAGUCCUGCCGCAGCAUGAUUGCCUUAAUGGAUACAGAUGGUUCUGGGAAGAUAAAUCUUGAUGAGUUUAGACACCUUUGGGACAAGAUUAAAAGCUGGCAGAGAAUUUUCAAACUUUAUGACACAGAUCAUUCAGGAACCAUUAACAGCUACGAGAUGCGCAAUGCUGUCAAAGAUGCAGGGUUUCAACUGAAUACCCAGCUUUAUGACAUCAUUACUAUGCGCUAUGCUGACAGAAAUAUGAACAUUGACUUUGACAGUUUUAUCUGUUGCUUUGUGCGACUAGAGGGAAUGUUCCGUGCAUUUCAUGCAUUUGAUAAAGAUGGAGAUGGUAUUAUUAAACUGAAUGUCUUAGAGUGGCUACAGCUCACCAUGUAUGCGUAAAUCCUCACCUGUUCCCCCCCCCCGCCCCCACCUCACAACUGCAUGCUGAUUUUGCCUGGCAGCCAACAUUCAUUUGCACAACUGGUACAUCUGAAAGUUACACAGGAAGACAAGUGAGACUUGACAACUGUUUUAGACCCAAAGCAUCAUCUUUCUUUAUCAGAUGAUUGUCAGCUGUCUGAAAUUGAUGUUCUUCCACAUAUUGGUAACUAAUGUCAGCACUAUGGCUUCUUACAAAUGCCAUUUAUAUGAUGGGAAACGCUUAUCAAUCUAGUGCUCACUGGCCAUUUCUCCUAACUGACUUUCUCAUGCAAACAUACCUACUGUUCUUAGCUUGAAAAGAGUUUUGCAGUGUGAGGGACAAAAGAGUCAGGAAUAUUGAACACAGAAUUACUGGAUAGCCAUUCUAAAUAUGUGAAGUAUUUUAAAAUAAAAACAGUGCACUUGCAUACAAUGCCUUGAGCUGUUUGGGGUCUAUUCAUACACUCUCUUUCGUUCUCUGCAUUAGACAUGGGCACGAACAGCAUUACAAAUGGAAAAAACCAACGAACAGCCCGUUCGUCUGUUUGCGAACAGCCAUUUGUGAGGCCCCAUUCUAAACGAACAAGUGGUCGUUGCAAGCCUCCUUCGUUGCCUUCUUCAGCCAUUCGUCAAGCCAGACAGUCUGGCACCUGCAAUCAAUUCCCUUGGCAACCGGAGGCAGGGACUGAACUCUGUCUGAACUCCUUCUGGCUUUCCUUCUGGCUUUAACCCUUCAAAGUACUUCUAGCAGAGAGUCCCAUUUUUGCCACUCUGACGGGAAAAUGACAGGGGAGACCUGUGUAUUGUGCCUUUCCUGGGGUGCAAUCUCUCUGAAACUUGGGGGGGGGGGGUCUUCAGAGGACAGUGAGGACUAUGUCCCCUGCAAAUUUGGUGGGUAUUGGACAUUGGGAAGGUCAAACUAGCUGCUGCAGACACUGCUGUUUUUGACAGGACAGGGCCCUUUAAACUAUCAGCUGGCAGGCAGCAGGGGGGAAUCUCUGGUUCUGGCCCCCACGAACAGCGAAAAUGUUCGGGAACAGUUCAUGUUCGUCCAUGUUCAUUGUUCGUGGAUGGCAACGAAUGAUGAACAGGGUGUUCGGGGUUUUUUUCCUGUUCGUGCCCAUGUCUACUCUGCAUCCAUCUCUAGGCUUUGGGGGUUUGCAUUCCUAUGGUCAAAUAUACACAAAACAGUACAUUUGUUUGCAGCAUGACCCAGGCUGUGUUUAGUAUUUAUAAGAAUUUGCACUUCCUAUGAAUGAGCCAUAUCCAUACACAAAUUUGAAUAUGGGCUUUAAUGCUACUGGAUAAAAGAUACAACUUGUGUGUGAAAGAAAACUAACUGGAUUUGAUCUUGGUAAAAAAUAUUUACCCCCUCCCAAAACUUAAAUUUUGUCUAAGCAAUUUAGGUCUUCAGUACACAUAUGGUGGGGGGGAAAGUACCAGGAUCUAUUGUGCUGCAAAUACAUGCAUUUGGAAGCUUGAGGAUCUCAUGUCAGAAAAUUUUGUGCGCAUGCUGUGACUUUAUUGUUGUACAGACUGUGACCAAAGCACUAGAUGAAAAUUCAUUUCUCUAGAUGUACUAGGCUGAAAUUAAUGUUCAUAAAAAUACUGUGAUUUAAUUUAAAAGUAUUAUUUGUUAGUGUCUAGUUCCCUUUCUAUCUGUGAAGGCUUCUAGUUCUUAAGCAACCAGAUGGAUCAGAUUGCCACAAUGAGAAGCAUUUUUAAGUGUUUCACCUCAUACAUAUUUCUAUGUUCUGAGCUACUAUAACCUUUGACAGUCAACUUUUAAAGAUUUUGAGCAACUAGAUACUAGGAAUUAGAUGGUCUGUGGUAAAAGGAACAGAGAGAAUAAGUAAACGUGGAGGUGAUAUUAACCUUGUAAUGCACUGAUUUAUUUUAAAUAAUUAGAUACCACUUUUCAGUUGCAUACUUAAAGUGGUUUAAAUUAAUGUUGGUAUCUAAUAUUCAAUGCCCUUUAACACUGUUCAAAUUGACAUGGCUCAUCUGGCCACCUGGAUCCAUGGCAUGGUAUCAUCAAGUCUUGUAAUGCGCCCCUCGUAAGUCUGUCCUGAAAGUCAACUUAGAGACUCCAAAUAUUGGCUCAAGUAUUACUGAGAGCAAGUACAUAUUACUUCCAUUCUGCUGUCACUUAAUUGACUACCCAUCAGUUUGGCUCAAUUCAAGGUUUUGGCUAUCACAUACAAAGCCCUUCACAGCCUUGGUCCCUCAUAUCUAUGUGACCACUUCUCUCCCUAUGCUAUGCCACAGCAGUUUUGCUCAUCUGAACAGGGCUUCUGCAGAUGCCACUAGGGGUGUGCGCUUCGGGUUUCCAAUUUGGGUUUUUAACCCAAAUCGGGCCUAAUUUGGAAAGAUUUGGGGUUUCCGAAUCGUCUCCAACAUUGCUGAGCAGAUUCGGGAAUCCCGAAGCAAAGCUUCCCGAAGCGAUUUGUAUCACUUCGGGAAGUUUCAGCUAAAAAGCAACACUUUUCUUGCUGCUUGCAAGCGGCAAGGAAAGUGUUGCUUUCAAAACGUCGGCUGCUUUACAGCUGAUGGGAGGGGAUUCCCCACUCCAGCUGAAAAAAAGCCUUUUAAAUGCCAGACAUUUAGAAGGCUUUUUCAGCUGAUGAGAGGGGAAUCCCCUCCCAUCAGCUGUAAAGUGGGCUUUUAAAAGCAACACUCUUCUUGCGCUUUGCAAAGGGCAAGAAAAGUGCUUUGAACAGCACUUAAAGCAUUUAACCACCCAAAUCCCGAAGCGGUUAUCCUGAAUUGUUUUCCCACUUCUGGUAAACCCGAAUAUUUUUUGGGUGCACACCCCUAGAUGCCACCCUGCAAAUGAGAAAAAUCACCAGCUACCCAUACAUGCGCAUCCUCCCUCACCUUAUGGAACAGCCUGCCUAAAGAGUUGCUGUAGCUUAGCGGUUCGGUUGUGUUUGCACUCUGCUGGUUUGAAUCCCUCUACUGCCAUGAGCUCUGCAGGCGGCCUUAGGUAAGCCACUCUUCUCAGCCCCAUCUCUCUAGCUGUAUUGUGGGGAUGAUAACAACACUGACUAUGCUCACCGCUCUGAGUGAGCAUUAAUGUUUAAAAGAGCAGUAUAUAAGUAAACUGUUAUUAGAAUAUAAGCACACUGCCAGGGAAGCUCCCACUCUGGCUUUCUGCAAACUGUGCAAAACCAAAUUAUUCAGGAGAGCUUUCUUACACAGCUAAUAGGUAUGUGCUGUAAGGAGAUGGUUCAGAGAGAGAAUGGUACAGCAAUAGGGUCUGUAUACUAUACUACCAUGUACCAUCUGUUGCUGUAAGUAUACUCCUACUGGAUAGUUCCACAUUUAUUUAAUAUGUCAUAUCAAUCUGCUUAUUUUGUUUCAGCAUUGUUUUUCAGUUCUGUAUCAGAUUUCUGAUUGUCUUCAAACUUUUGCUAUCCUUACGUUAUUGUACUGUUUACUGAAUGUCCCAGCUGUUGAUUGUAUUGACUUAUUCUAUGUAAUCUGCCUUGAGUCUCAGUGAGAAAGGCAGACUAUAAAUAAACAAAUAAAAAUAGAGGAAAAGGAAAAGCAACAGGCAACAAUA